UGGGCUUGCUUUCGUUAUUCAAACGAUUAAAAUGAGCGUUUGAUUUACGCAAAUGAAUACACAUUCACACCGAUGAGGUAAAGCGAAUCCAACCAAAUCGUUUUUUGAUGGUGUGCUUAAACUUUAGAGAUUUUCUGAUACUUCAAGGGAGUAUUUUCUGUCUAAACGGGGCGUUCAUCAAUGUGAUAUUUGACAGCCUACGUAUUCCGUUGUUUACUCGCUCAGUAGAGAGCAACCUGUUUCUCAUGCCACCACAUGGAGACUGAAGGGAACCUACCCAAGAUGUGUCCUCACAGACUCUUUUGAAUGAAACGUAGCCGAAUCGAAGAAAGGCUUUUCAAAUGAUUACAGGGCACUGGUAACUUUAACGUUGUUUACCACAUACACUGUGUUGUGCACAGGCGUCGCAAAACAAUGUUUUGGAGACCAACAUUUCGAACAUUCAUUACAUAUCCACAUGUAGGCUUAAGGUUUUAACAUUUAAUUGGAAUGAACUACAUGCAACAGGUUGUUUUCAAUCUACAAGGAGACAGGAGAGGGAUUAUUUUUCAUUAGAUCAUUCAAGAAAUGAGAAUGAAUAUGUUACAAUAUCGUUAUGAUCUAAUUGCUAAGUGCAUUUUCUGAUUCAAAGAUAAAAAGGCUAAAUCUACGUUUUGAAGGCGAAGAGGAAGGUGUUCUGUUAUGCAACAGGCAUUCAUUUACAUCAGUCAGAGAUGAAGGAAAAGUCCAAGAAUGCCGCGAAGACGAGACGAGAGAAAGAAAAUGGAGAAUUUUAUGAACUGGCGAAAUUACUGCCCUUACCUUCCGCCAUCACCUCACAACUGGAUAAGGCUUCAAUCAUUCGGCUGACAACCAGUUACUUGAAGAUGAGAGCCGUGUUUCCGGAUGGGCUGGGGGAGGCCUGGGGCCAGCCUACCAGAAUCAGCCCUUUGGACAACAUGGCAAAAGAACUGGGCUCCCAUCUACUGCAGACUCUGGAAGGCUUCGUAUUCGUCGUCGCUUCAGAUGGCAAAAUCAUGUACAUCUCUGAGACUGCAUCAGUCCACCUCGGCCUAUCCCAGGUGGAGCUGACGGGUAACAGUAUAUUUGAGUACAUCCACCCAUCAGACCAUGAUGAGAUGACAGCCGUGCUCAGUGCCCAUCAGCCCCUCCAUCAUCACUUCCUGCAAGAGUACGAAAUUGAGCGCUCUUUUUUCCUGAGGAUGAAGUGUGUGUUGGCCAAGCGUAAUGCAGGACUGACUUGUGGAGGAUAUAAGGUGAUCCACUGCAGUGGCUAUUUGAAGAUCCGUCAGUACGUGAUGGACAUGGCGCUGUUUGACUCGUGUUAUCAGAUCGUGGGUCUGGUGGCGGUGGGCCACUCCCUGCCUCCCAGUGGUAUCACAGAGAUCAAGCUCCAUAGCAACAUGUUCAUGUUUAGGGCCAGCCUGGACCUCAAGCUCAUCUUCCUGGACUCCAGGGUGGCUGAGUUGACGGGAUACGAACCCCAGGACCUGAUCGAGAAGACACUAUACCACCACGUGCACGGCUGUGACGUAUUCCAUCUACGCUUCGCUCACCACCUCUUGUUGGUGAAAGGGCAGGUCACCACUAAGUACUAUCGUAUGUUGUCCAAGCACGGGGGCUGGGUGUGGGUGCAGAGCUACGCCACCAUCGUCCACAACAGCCGCUCCUCCAGACCCCACUGCAUCGUCAGCAUCAACUAUGUUCUGACGGACGUGGAGUAUAAAGACAUGCAGCUGUCUCAGGAGCAGAGUCGAGCGGCCAAAUCCAGCUUGGCCUUUAAGAGUGGCCCGGCCUCCUUUCAGGACCCCCGCAAACAACUUAAAACCAAAGCAGUCAAGAUCAAGAGCAAACUCAAAACAGCCCCCUACCCUCAGCCCAACAGCACCUACCACCCAAACAAGCUGGACUGCUCCCCCCAAGGAGAGGGCUGGAAGGAGAGCCCCCCCUACCCUAUGACCCCCUGCCAGGGGCAGAGCUCUGGCCCCUCUGGAGGCCCAGAGGCUGGAGAGGUCCUGUGUAGCAUCAGCGCCCCGUAUGGCCUCUCCUUCCCCUACCCAUAUGGACACCUACCCCACACGGACUCCCAGAGGAGGUUGCGACCCACCCAGGGUUCCUCUUCCGCCUCACCUUCCCCCAGCCUGGCCGCCCAGCAGCUGCUCAGCUCCCUGCAGGGUCGAGGGGGCGAUGGGCGCUGGAGCUGUGCCAACGCCAAAACCCACCCUGGUCACACCCUGAGGCCCUCUGCUGCAUCAUGUGCCAUCACCACUGCCACUGCAAUAGCAUAUUCCGGCCCUACGGUGAGCAGGAGGUAUCCCCCCAGCGAACCCCUCCAUGACGGCUUCUCCAGCUGCGUGACCCUGCGCUCUAACAGCAGGUUCAAGGACGAGCCCUAUGAGCAUCACACGCUUGGCCAGAGGAAGACCACAGAGGACCGCCUGCACUCCCAGUCACAGGCCACGAAAGAGGACAGCAAGCUGCCGUUCAACCGAGACCACCUCCACAAGGCCUCAGAGGGAGGUGGUUGCAUAGUAGGGGAGAAGCCUUUGUCCUGUCCCAUGCUGAAUAGCUCUGUGCUGGGGAAGGCAAGCUGUAAGCAGUCCCGGUCCCUCCACGGCCUGGUCCAGCCCUUCCCCAUGCAGGUGGUGCUGGAGCAGCGCAGGAGGCUGUGUAUGAUGGAGUCCCCCUACAGCCACAGUGCCACCGGCCCCUUGGAGCACACGGACUGCAAUGGAGAGCGGAGGACCCCCAAGCUACUGGAGGCUGAGGCGGUGGAGGAGGAGAGGAGGAUGUGGAUGGGGGUAGGAGUUGAAGUUGGGGUUGGGAUGGGGGUGGGAGUUGGGGCAGGCCUGCCAGCCCAGGCGCCGUACGUGUCUUUGAACCUCCACCACGUCUUGGCCAAACACAGCUCCUUCCAGGCCCCGCCCUACGCUGCCCUCGGCCAUUUGACGGACAGUUAUGGUUACCGCGGCGAUGAAAUGGGUUCUUAUGGCUACAAGAGCCAAAGCCCCGCCUCUAGCCCCUCCCCUGAGACUCACAAAGAGAUCCCUCAUUACAUCGGCACGUCCGUCAUCAUCACCAACGAGAGGUGA